UCUACUGUGCAUAUGAGUUUUAUUUGAGAAAUCGCAAGCAACUGAAUUCAAUACACAAUGGGUUUGCUCACAAUUUUAAAGAAGAUGAAACAGAAGGAGAAAGAAGUCAGAAUCUUAAUGCUAGGCCUUGACAAUGCGGGCAAGACCACUAUACUGAAGAAAUUCAAUGGUGAGGAUAUUGACACCAUUUCACCAACUCUUGGGUUUAAUAUCAAGACACUAGAGCAUAGAGGGUUUAAGUUGAACAUAUGGGACGUUGGAGGUCAAAAGUCUCUACGGUCAUACUGGAGAAACUACUUUGAGAGCACAGAUGGUUUGAUAUGGGUGGUAGACAGUGCAGAUAGAAUGAGACUUCAGGACUGUAAACAGGAACUAGAGAACUUGUUGGUGGAAGAGAGAUUGGCAGGUGCUACGUUACUUGUAUUUGCAAAUAAACAAGAUUUACCUGGUGCUUUAUCAGCGGAUUCAAUCAAAGAUGCACUAGAACUUGAUUCCAUUACUACUCAUCAUUGGUUAAUACAGGGAUGCAGUGCUGUAACGGGGGACAACUUACUAAAGGGCAUUGAUUGGGUGAUAGAUGACAUAGCAUCUCGUAUAUUUACCAUGGACUGAUUUAUGUUGUGUAAUAGGAAUUGUUUUAAAAGUCACCGAUGUAUGGGAGAGAUCAUUUACCCUGUAAAAUCUGUUAGGGUUUUUCUUUUGCAUGUAAGGGAAAUUUUGGCACAAGCAAAGCGUGAAUGCUAGUGAGGUACAUGUUACUGUAACAUAGGCAGUGUGUAAAGGAGAUAACUCUGGCAUUUAUUGAUUGCUGUAAUUUUUGGUUGUUUGGCUGAAAUGAUACAGGUGGCACAGCAUAAGAUAAGAGAGUUAAUGUGUGAUUUCUCUCUAAGGACUUAUGAGUAACUUUAAUUUCUCAUCAAGGAACAAAACCUUACGAUCAUUGUAUUUAUUAUGUGUAUGUAUAAUGUGAUAACAACAAUUAAUAUUUGUUAAGGUCAUCCGAUGCUAGUUUGAGAGCCCAACUGAAGUACUAUUUGGAAUCAUGAUAACCUCCAUAUAUAUCACUAUAUUACAAAUGGUUUUUGUGUAUUAAAAAAUUGUUAAAGUUUAUCCGAUGUAUGUUUGCAGAACUCCAAUAUGUUGAUUGAGUAUGGGGAAAACAGAUUUUUUAUGUUAAUAUAUUAGCAUUUACUGUCUGUUCAAUUAGUACACAGGAAAAUUGAAUGAUAAUACUUUAAUACUUUGCAAUUAAUUAUUGUGUCAACCUUGUACAUGGCUAAUUUUAGGCAGGCACUGCCAUGAGUUUUCUGACAGUAUUGCUUACAGUUGAGUUUGUACGUUCACUAGUUUUAUUACCCCAUGAACAACCAGGAUUAUUUUGAUGCGGGUGUCCUUGUAGUUGGCGGUUGCUACUUUACUGAAUAACACAGGGGAGGUCCAAUACAUGUCAUCCAGAACAGUUAGGGUGAAGGGUGUUUACCAAGGACACAACCAUAUCAGCAUUCACAGGUCCAUUUCUCAUUUUCCAGAGAAACAAAACUGCCAUGAGUACGGAGCUUCAUAUCAGGAACCUGAGACCCUCACCCAAAGUUAUGUAGGCUUAAAGUUGAAAAUAGUCUGUAUAUGUGUUCCUGGGUAAAACUGAAAUAGGUAUUGUAAACUCUGUCAAACAUUGUGUUUUUUGUGCAAUGACAAUUUUCAGUCUGUGUUCAAACAUGUUAACCGUAUAUAAAAGCAGUUUUACCUACAUCCACCAUUGUCACCUGUAGAUAUAUUGUCAGUUGCAUAAAUAUGAAUUUGGAUGAGUUUGCUCUCUGACAGCGAUUUUUGUCAAUAUAUGCAGAAUAACAACAUGAAUUGGGGUAUUUUUUAAGGUUGAUAGACAGUUAAGGUUUGUUGUUUUUUCAUGGUAUGAUCAAACAAGAAACCAACCAUUUCAGCACUCCUUUAACAUAAGGAAAUGGUUCAAUUUAAUUCUUUGAAUUUUCUGGGCCAAACUCUUAGCAGAUAACAAGUGAAGUUUUCCUACUCCUAAGCUUUGUUAUUUUUUAUCUCAUAAAAGAAAAACAUUGAUCAUGUUGCUUUUAAAAUGAUGAGAAUAGUACAUAACAAUGGAAAUCCUGAGUAAUUAUAGAAUGUAGUUGAAAUUACAAGAGCAUGGUAUAGAAUUUCUUGAUGUGGUUCCAACUGUGAAUGUUCAUAGAAUCUGUGAUAAGUAUUUUUUUGUGUAUGAUUGAUCUGUACUUUCAUUUGUAUUUGAAUUUGUUUUGGUUUCAUUAUUUCAGCUUCUUUUUUCCGCGAAAGAAUCUGAUAUUUUGUUGUUUGUACAUGGAAAUGUAUGACAGAUUAAAUAAUUCAGUCAAAUGAAUUUCUUCUAUAUAA